AUGAUCCGCCCCAAACUCAUUCCUCUGUGUCUUUCGGUGGUUCUGAGCGUAUUCAUUAAACCAGCGUCUUCGUCUCUUCCAACAUUCGCGCCAGAUAAUAAAGAGAUUUGUGAGGGGUUUGGGUAUGAGUUUUCCCUUUUUUUUGGCUCAAUCUGAUUGAGUUUCAGUUUCAAUUGGGCCGCUGAAAUCAGAUGUUUGCGUGACGUCGUCGGCAAGUGCUUGGAGUCGGAAAGCAGCGGAUCGGAACGCAAAGGGAGAUCUCUGCAGUAUCGUCCGGAGGAUAACAGACAGGACGCCGUGAGAACCGCUGAUUACGGUAACCCGUAUUCCUAUCCAAGGCCGUACAGUAGGACAUAUUACCAUCACUCAAUCAGUUCCAUUCGACCGCCAGUUCCGCCCAUACCGGCGCCAAUCACAUCAACAAGCUGCAAGUGUGAUGGCCUUGAAAAGUUGGAGGCCAAGUUUGAAAAGAAGCUGUACGAAGUGAAAAUGAGAGCUCAAUAUGAGAGUGAGAAAGAGAUAAAAGCUUUGGAGCAAAGAUAUGAUUUCGAUAUGAGGGAGUUUCAGAGGAUUACCACAAAGGAUAUUGCGGAUGUCAAAGUGAGGUUUCCUUUUUUGAAGAAAAGAUUACCUGCCAACUUUCAGAGACGACUGGACUAUAUUCAAGCUCCCAAAGUGGUCAACAAUGAUAACGAGUAUUUUAUGAUCAGUGUGAGUUUCAUUAACCAACAAUAAUAAUAAUGGCGUGGCGGCCAAAAAUUUAGUUAUGGGGUUAUUCAGGGUGUGAAAAAAAUGAUUGUUUUCCUUUUUUUUUUUCGUUUUUUUAAGUAAAAAAAUCCAAUUCAGCGAUGUAAAAAACGAAAAAAAAAACGGAAAACAAACACAAUUACAAGUUCAUGCGACAACAUUGAAUCAUUUCUUGUAGAGAGAAGAGGGCUGGUACACAGCUUCCGAGAAAUGCAUCGGCUACGGAGCACAUUUGGCUUCAGUCCACUCUAGAUUAGAAAAUGGACUCGUGAGCAGCCUGAUUCCCACAAACAUGACCGCUUGGAUCGGUGCGAAUGAUAUUCAGAAAGAGAGCGUCUUCAGAAAUACUGACGGAUCUGCAGUGGAAUUUUAUAAAUGGGGACCAAGUGAGCGAACUUUUUUCAGUGAUGGAUCUAAAACUUUUAUUUUAGAGCAACCAAACAACGAGGAGCACAAUGAAAACUGUGUAGAAGUGGGUCACAACGGACUUUGGAAUGACAAACUUUGCAUUAUAACCAGACCAUUUGUGUGUAAGAAGAAGCUUCGAUAG